AUGGCUAUGGGAAUCAUCACCAUCGUCCACGCCGUUCUGGCUCUAUUCCUCAUUAUUGAGCUGGGUCUCACAGCUUACAUUGUUGAUUGGCAUGGUCACUCUCCUUCUUCUUACGCUUUUCUACUCUUCUGUACCGUUUGGUCCAUCCUCAUGCUGCUAUACCUCGCCAUCGCGCCUCUCUUUGCUCCUCGCAUCUACCACAAUAUGGUCGCUCUCGGUAUUCUCGCCCUCACCUCGCUCUUCUGGUUCGCCGGUGCCACCGCUGUCGCUGCCCAUAUCGGUGUCCCUCAUUGCGUCAUCACCUAUUGUCGGGCUACUCAGGCUGCCGUCGCAUUUGGUUACUUCAUCUGGGCAAUCUUUACUGGCUUGACCAUCAUGGAGGCCUUGGCUUUCAUGCGAGGCCGUGGACACACCGCCCAUGCUGACACCAAGCCCGGCCAAAACUACGGUGCCUAA